AGUGCAACUGUAAGAAAUUAUGGAAAAUCUUUAAUUGCUCAAACGUUACGAUCAACGUCAUUCCAGUAGAUUCUGAAUAUAUUCGUCUUCAUCAUCAGAAAAGGGCCACAAGAACAUGUUAAAAACACAGAAAGCAUUUUAAUGUUUUAUCCAGAAAGUUAAAAAAAGAGAAAAUAUCAGCAUUGUGUGCAAUCUUGCAAUUCUGCAUUAUAUAAUGCAUUCUAUUAUGGUUUAACAAGCUCAUUUUGUCAGCAAAACAUCUGAAAAUUGGUUCUUAAGCUCGAGGGCGCAUGCGCCAGCGAGUUUUUGUUUUUAUUAUUUUUUUUUUCCCUUUGCCUGACAGCUUUGUGCUUUGGUUUUGACAAAAGGGCAAACUGAUGAUGACCUCCUCUCACUACAGAAACGAGACUUGAGCGCGUGCAGCGCUGCAGUACAUGGAGAGAGAGGGAGCGCGCGCAGAGAGAGAGGCAGAGGAGCUCGGCAGCGCAUCACGCAGAGCAGAAGGACGCGCUCUCAGCUGUGGAGAGGAACCCGACCUGUCUGCUGGCUGCUGGACACCGGCACGCUCCGGACGCACGCGCGCUCAUCCAAACGCAUCUUGAAGAGCCGUGGAGUGGUGGAGAAUCUGGAGGAGGAUUUGGGAGAAUUUGUGGAAGUCGGAACAUUUGUUUGGAAACUAUAAUGCACUCUGUUGGAGACCACAGCAAACAAAGAUGAGACACAGACGGGGCGUCCGCGGACAAUCUGUGCUUCUGCUCUUCAGAUGGGACAAAGUCUGGGAGUAUCGCGCGUCUCUCCGGUCACCUUCUGAAACGAUGCGCUGUGGAGGAGCCGUGCGGGGGGCGCCGGCGUGCGUGUGAGCGGCUGACUGACCGUCGGUCUUUCUGAGAGACAGGGAGGCUGGAUAGAAACAGCAGCUGGGGUCCAGACGCACGGAGCAGACUCCUCUCCUCUCCUCCAGCUCCUCGCACACAGGCAGGAUGCCCGCGGAGCGCCGGGGAGAGCUGCUCCAGCCCAGCCCGAGUUCAUGACGCCCCGGGCGGCAUCGUCAUGCGUUUCUUGCCCGAGCCCAGCGCGCAGUCCCUCCGGCUCCUCUUCCUCUUUCUCUUCGUCAUGGGGGUGGCCCCCUCUCCGGCGCUCACUGCCGGCUGCCCCGACAGAUGCGUGUGCGACGACCAGCUGGUGGUCCAGUGCGCCGGGCAGGAUCUCACCCUGUUCCCCAACGACCUGCCCCUCGCGACCCGCCAGCUCAUCAUCUCCAACAACCGCAUCGGGGACCUGCCGGCGCUGCAGCUCAACUACCUGUCCGACCUGGUCUACCUGGAUUGUAGCAACAACUCCCUGACUGAGAUCUCAGAGUCCACUUUCGGGAACUUGCGGAAACUCGCCUACCUGGACUUGUCUUUCAACACUCUGCUGCAGAUCGAGGACCGGACUUUCGGGCCUCUGGCGUCGCUGGUGAUGCUCCGGAUGACGGAUAACCCCGGCCUGGGGGAGAUCCACCCGGACGCCUUCUUGGAGAACAUUGCUCUGCAGGUGCUGGACGUGAGCCGGAACAACCUGACCUCCCUGAACAUCAGCAGCCUGAUCGCCCUGCCCGCUCUGCGCUCUCUGGGCCUCAGCGGCAACCCCUGGAGGUGCGACUGUGACACGGAGGACCUCUGCCUGUGGGUGAAGAUAGAAGGGUUCAAGUUUCAAGACGAGGGACAGACCGUUUGCUACAAUCCUCCAGAGCUGGCGGGCCAGCGGUUGGCGGACGUAGGCAUGCAGCUGAGAGUGGACUGCCACCAGGGCCUGGGUUACUGGGACUACCUGUUCUUCAUCGCCAUUGGUUUCGUCAUCUUCUCGGCCGGUACUGUGUCGGCGUGGGUGAUGGGGAUCCUGAUGGUGCUCUAUGAGCGCUACACCAAGAGGAAGAGCGAGGAGGUCGACAGCGACGACGAGGACCAGAGGGGUGGAGGUGGGGGAGGCGUCUGUGGAGGCGGAGGAGGGAACCAGGGGAACGGGGAUUUGAGCAAGCCUGGCAUGGAGGUGUGACCGGCUGAUGCGAGGCAACAGGAGGACAACUAACAAGCGAGGAAGCAGAAGUGAUGGGAGGAGUGUGACACCGAAUACUACACUCCGAACUAAGAUCUGCCCGUCUGUCUUUGUUACAGAUUUAGAUAUCACAGUAUUCUCUUUAACAUUUAGAAAGGUGAGUGUGUGUGGUUGUGCGUGGGAAUGACUGUGAACGAGAGAGGGAGACAGACAGCAAUAAGGAUGACUAUGCCUUCACUUCAGGAGAACAGAAUGACCUCUGGGUUUAUCGAGAGCAAUAAUCCUGCACACACAAAGGGUGUGGACGGACCUGCGUACACUGUAAAGUGCUCUUUUGCAACACAUUGCAAAUGAUGAAAAUAACAUGACAUGAUGUAUGAGUGGCACAUUCAACGACACACAUCCGAGAAUGACAUGGAGAGGAUGUGAAGAGAGCGAUGCCUUAUCUGUCCUGCAGUAGAAACGGGAAACUGGUACAAUUCAGUGUUUCAAUGUUCCUCCCUGAAUGCCUUAAGGCAACUCACUUGAAAUAAUCAACAGUCACUGUUGUCAUUUAUUGAUGAAAUGUGUCAGAAACACACACACACAUUCAUUGUCAGUCAAAACCGACACGACAAAGACUAAAUAGUGUGAAUGUACACGAAAGGAAGGAAAGCACAGCUUUCAACUAUUGAAGAGAACUAACAAGAUCGGGGAUUGAUGGUCCCACCCACACAUCGCUCAUUCUUUUUAAAGAUUCCCUGAGGAGGUUUCUUCUUCUAGUGUGAGUAGAGCAACAGUUCCUGUUUGCAAAUGAACACUACAAAGAAACAUAUCAACUUAAGGAACAUGAAUGUAAGCAUGUCCUCAAGGACAAAAAAAAACUUCCACAGGGUCCCUUACCAUCACCCUAGCACCAUCCUAAAGCUUCCUCCUCUUAGCUUUUGUUUGGUUUUUACUUUGCUGAAGUUCAAUCAGUUGCCAUGGUCGAAUGAGGCUAACAGGAGACGGCAAAAAAUGUCAAAUUGUGGAAAUAUUUACUAAAGAUCAGGCUACACCAUAACAAAAACAGCUGAAAUCAGGAAGAGCUUCUCAAGAAACCAUUUUUUUUCUGUCCGAUGAGACAGUCCUCAACCCUUUAACAUUGGAGUUUUAGCUCCAGUGUUUACAUUAUUUCGACUACCAUAACCAUUCAACCGUUUAUGAAGUUGACAUAGUUCCAGCCUUGCAUUUAAUAUGCAACACUUUAGUGCUGAAGUGCUUACACAAUGGAAUCAGCUGAUUCUGUCGCAGGGAAAAGCGCCUUUGCACCGUUUUGCAACCCUUACGUGUUGCACGAUGCUAACGUCAACCAGAUGAAUCACGUUCAUUGCGUAAACGCUCAAAGAAUCACAAUAUGUCAAAGAGUAUGUGCUAUUUAGGGGUCACCAUGUACUGUGUUAAAGGGUUAAACCCUUACUACAUAUUGAAACAUAUACACAUCUCUGACGAUGAUUAACCAUCCCAAUUUCUUCAUUAGUUUGCUCAACAAAUUCUCUCAUUUUUAGUCCUAAAUGAUCACAAAAACAGCUAACAUGAAAAAAUGAGGUUCCAACUAUUGUAAAGUCACACAGUCUGUGUUAGGCUAAAACUCGGUCUCACUAAUCACCUCAUUUAAGGCAGUAAUAUCAUUCAGUCUAACUGACAUUAUGCUGAGAAAACCAGUGGUGUUGGCACAAAGAGCUAUAGUGAGAUAAACCAAACUUAUAUGAUCUAUUUCUAAUGUUUUUCUGCAGUGCUUCCUUACAGUUUGAUCCUUAGAGUUCUGCACGUCUUUUCACCCGCUGAGAAAAUGAUCUAAAAAUGCAUCUUGCUUUUCACCAGCUCCUGGAUCUGCUUCUCGGUCUGGUGUUAAAUUCCUCUUAAAGGUCAUUCCCCCGCAGGCAAAAGUCUUCCCACAAUGACACCCAGUGACUAGCAUAAGUUGUGUGUACUGUGUUUAUGACUGUCGUCAGGUUUCCGUGUCGCUGUGGUUAAAGUUUGAGCUGCUCUGCAGCUUCUCACCCACAGCUCUAACAUGCUGCAGUGGUAAUGGUCUGUGUUCAUGGUGGCUGGACUUCAGGAGCCGAGCACUCACUGAUGACUCUGCAAGGAGGUGAUUGGAUGCUUCUUCAAACAGAACUCCAAAAAAAUGCUGCAGUUGAAAGGUAUCAGUGCAGAAGUGGAGCAUUUCUGGUCAUGUGCGUUUGAAUGAGUGCGUUUCACCGGAGCAGAGCUUUCAUAAAGCAUCUCCGGGAUCUCUGUGAUAGUUCCCCACUCUGCUCCACUUAUGCCAUGUCCAUCACUUAACAGUGUGGAAUGAGGACACGAAGAGAGGCAAACUGGGGAUAGAAGUAAGGUGAAGAAAGAGCAGGGUCACUAAAGUAAGCAGGCAUUCAGUAGCUUUAUUGAUUGAUAGUUAUAAUCUGAGUGGAUUAACACUGAAUCUGAGAACAAAAAUGGUUCAGGGUUAACCUGCAGGAUUUAGCUGAGCCUCUCUGUGAGCACAAUCUGUAUGGAAAGACAGCUGGUGAUGUCAGACCAUUACAUCAAUAAUUACUAGGCAAUAGAAUAGAAAAUAUUUUUUAUUGUUUUGUGUUUUUUUUUUUACAGAUAUUGAGGCUUAUUUAAUUUGCAGAAAGUCUUUGAUUGGUAGUGACAGAGAAAAUCUCAAUCCUAAUUCCAGCACAUCUUGUAAAACUGUGUUCACAACGGCCUCACCAAUGUGCGUUCCAAUUAAAACCCAGCUGAGGCUGGCGCUGCAAACACCUUCAAUCUACAUCUGGUGGCUCCUUUGACUCAAGUCUUGUGAGCUGCUACUCAUGUUUUGUGGAGCACGACUCAAGUCCCAUGAGCCAAAACUCAAUUUUUGAGACCCGUUAGUCAAGUCUCAUGGGUCAGGACUUAAGUCUUGUGAGCCUAGACUCACGUCUUGUGAACCGCAACACAAAUUUAGUGCAUCACGACUCAAGUCUUGUGGGUCGUGACUCAAGACUUGAGGACUGCAACUCAAUCCUCACGGGCCGCGACUUAAGUCUAGUGGGUCGCUACUCCAGUCUUGUUAACUGCGACUCAAGUUUCAUGAGCAUUAAGUCUAUUCUCAUCAGCCGUGAGUCAAGUCUAGUGGGUUGCAACUCAAGUCUUGUGAGCUUAGAUUCAUGUCUCGUGAACCGCAACUCAAGUCUCAUGAGCCUAGACUCUUGUCUCGUGAAACGCAAGUAAUGCUUCGUGAAAUGCAACUUAAGUUUUGUGAACAGCAACUCAAAUCUCGUGCACCAUGACUCAAGUCUCGUAGGUCGUGACUCGGGUCUCAUGGGUCGCGACUCAAGUCUUUGAGCUGCGACACAAUUCUUACACAAUUUUACAACAGUCGCAAGUCAACUCUUGUGAUUUGUUACUCCAGUCUUGUGGGCUUAGAUUCAUGUCUCGUGAGCCGCGACUCAAGUCUUGUGAACCGCAUCUCAAGGUUUGUUGGUUGAGACUCAAUUCUCAUGUAUCUCUCAGUAGUUUGAGUUUUUUUUUACAAAAUGAGCAGAUAUGAGGCACGAGUGGCUCAAAUCACUGACUUCUGGGUCUCAUGGACUUUGGGUGGGAAAGUCGUGAGGUGUGACCUGCAACUCAAAUCGAGAUGCAUAAGAUUUGAGUCAGUUGAGGAAGUGGGUCGGAGCUGUUUGCGGCGCUUGCUGUCUCUUGAAAAGUCUAUGUUUCUGGCUUUCAUUUUCAAAACUCUUUCAUGCUACCCACAUAUUUAAGACUGUGUCCAUUAAACAAACAUUAAAAGUUAAAACAGUUGAACACCAGGCCUCUUCCAGCUGCGAGAACAUGUGCUAGUAUUAGGUAGCGACAGUCCAGUGUGAACACUGUAUGCUAAUAGUGCGAUCAAGAAUGUACGUUUAGCGCGCCAUAUGUCCAGUGUGAGUUUGGGUGAAAUUAGAGAUCUAUGCAGGUUAUUUUAAGCUCUUCUCUCCUAACUCAAUCAAACUUAUGUUAAAAAGCUUGUUCUGUGCAUGAGUGGAACGCCAUACAAAACAACCCCAUGUUAGUACUCUUCAUUCACUAAACUCAAAACUUGAAUAUAACAGUGAGGAAGUUGAUGUUCUCCCAGCAUCCACAACAAUCAGACUCACCCAAUCAGCAAAAAAUAAGCUGAAUUUAUUACGCCACUUAAAAUGUUUUCACUUGCACUGCGAUUUUUUUUGUUUUUUUUUCCCACAUAAAUACAAACCUCCCUUUGAAAAUGCUUAACUGCCUCAACCUUCAUACUAUUAACCACUAAAUCUUAACUUGUCCUUCAAAUCUCUUCCCAGUUUUAGAAAAUCUUUUGUUUCUGUUAGAGUCCAACCAGUAAGGGAUACUCACAGUUGACUAUAGAGAGCUGAAAUGUCUUUAGAGCUCUGAAUUUGAAUGGGUGUUCUGUCAAACCAACACAUUUUCAUUCCUAAGUUGUCACAUAUUGAUGUUUGGUUAAGGACCCCUCCAUCUCACUUUUUUACACUAUCAGGUAUCCCCAACUCCUUGUUUAUGAUGUGCUGGCUGUUCCCAUUAAACCAGGGCAGAUCUGUACUGGUCUGAAACUGGGACGCGGACCGCACCAGUAUCCUAACCCGGUACUGGACACCCACGGCAGACCUGAACCGGUAACGACCAGUACCCAAAUUGCGUGUGUCUGCUUCCAGACAUGGUACUGGUUUGCGGACUGGGUUAGGGUUAGGGUAUUUGUACUGGCCGCGUCCCAAGGACUGGUCCAUGCUUGACAACGCGUCCAACAAAAUGCCUGGACCCCUGAUUUAAUUGGUACAGCCAGCAUGUCAAAAAACGACAAGUUUGGGAAACUCAAAAUGUCAAAAAGUGACCCGGAAAGGUCCUUGACCAAACAUCAAUGUAUGACUUCUUGGGAAUGAGAAUGUGUUGGCCCAGCUACUAGAAGUUACUUAGUUUUUCUGAGGUAAAAUCAUUCGGAUCCCUGAUUUUAUGCAAUGGUGGUAAUUGGCCCCAAAUUGAAAUACCCAAAAUAAGCAAUAACCUGGUGUGUGCUCACAGUGUUGUCCAUCUUAUGUUACGGUCACAAAUACAACUGCCAUCACGUGAUAGGGAAGAAUGGGCAGAAUCUUCUAGAUUUCAUGCCGCCACCCGAUUUAAAAAAAAAAAUGUUGCCUUGAUCAUGAAUGUUGACGACAGCAUUCAAGUGGCCAUCAAGGCUACCGGUGGAGAAAUGUACACAUCGUCCAAUCAUAGCUGCUGCUGGAGGGCGAUCCCCCUUGUGACCACACCGGCUGGUGUCAUCCCCGCCUGACACUGGACAGCCACCACACAACCAAAAAUCUGCCCUGACGGCACUGAUCAAUGUCAACUUUUAGAGAAAAUUCUAGAAAAAAUGUUAUGUUUCUUAAGACAUCCACCGCUCGGCAUGUAAAAAUGCGACUGCCACCUUCUGAUUACAAACGCCGCCACGCAGCCACCUGGCAAAUUUGCUGAAAAAUUCCCACUUAGGUUGCCAUUAUUUUGAGGUAUAUGACCAUGUCUUAGUAUACAUAUAUGUUUAUCACAUUGUAUGGUUUGAUUUAUGAAACUUUGCCAUACCCAGAAUCUCAUUGUAAAAGAAUGAGUUCUGCUUCGUCUCCAACAGAAACACACAAACGUUACUCAAGUCGUCCCUCCCUGUCAAGCGCACAAACAUGCACAAUGAAUCUCAAGGGCACAGCUAAAGUCAGAGCCGCAGGCCUGAGAACAUUAACACUCCUGUUUUGGUCUGUCCUACCACGCAUCGCUACGUCCUUCCGUCCUCCAUCCUCAAUCUGACACCGUCAUCAGCUUUCACACAAUGCCAGCACAAACUCUGACACACACCUGGACCUAUAACUCACCUGCUAAAUCUUUAGGCUGUCACUAUCAGGCCGUUUACUCUAAGGGAAGCUUAAAGGAUCUGCAGAUUGCUGGGUUUCCAUCCUUCUUGAGUUACAUCAUAUUCAUAGAAAGACAUUUGACCUACAAGAUCAUGACCUCAGCUGCAUGCCUGGACUAGACCGUCCGUCCAGUGCUUCCUGUUGGGAGAGCGUUGUUGUUUUGUUGGGUUGAUCACAAUAAAGCUGUUUUAGUUCUUUAUCAUCAGUGAGUAGGUGAUGAAUUCAUGGGUCAAUCAGUAGAGGAAACAAGUAAAUUGGACAGACAGUGAGAAAAUAUCCUAUAUUUGCAUUAUUUGCACAUGUAUAGACACUAUGAGGGGAUAAAGGCCAACAUAGAACAGUGUAAAGUACAGGGAAUUUCAUACAAAUUAUACCUUAAAGACCCACUCCAAUGAAAAUCAUAUCAGCAUUUGUGUGAUGAUGGAGGACAAAUAUAAAGAAAAUUAAGAUUAAAAUUGUAUUUAUGUAUUUAUUUAAAUUGUUGUGAAUCAGAAGCACUAGGCCACAAGCUUAGGCAAAUUUCGAAUCAAUUCCUGCCGCUCUGCAGAAACUAUGUCCUAAAAAUGACAGAUUUUAUCAUUUUUCCAAAAAACAAUCAAAAAUAAAAGACUACUGGUAACAAUGUUACAAUAGGUCAAAAGAGGAUUUGGAGUGGGACUUCAAAGUGCAAAUUAAAGUGUAAAUUUGAUUAAUCUUGACUGAACUAUAAAAAACAUUUCUAAAAUGACAGAAGUCCAGAACUUUAAUCAAAUUACUUUAUAUGCUCAUUUCAUUGAGCCCCUGAUAGAAGAUCAAAGGCUUAUUAGCUCUGGAAAAACAUGAAGAGUAAUAAAAAAAAGAGAACAUAAAAAUCUAAAUGUAUUUUUCAACAACAUCAAAAAAUGACUAAUUCAAACAAGUGAUAUAUGAAGGCAGCAGUGUUUUAGCACUUCUCUGACCUCUCCUCUUUUCUUGUCAUAUACCGUCGGCGGGUGUUUCUGAAUGUGAGUUCAGACAAUUCACACAUUACUGCACAGAGGAAGAAAUAUCGCUGCUGUGAUGGCUGAUGAAAGCUGCAAAUUGCAUAAGUCUUUUGAGUCUGACAGACUCCAGCAUUCUAUACCUACUCAGACUGUUGUUUUUUUGAGAAAUUUGGUACAACACAUAUAGUGAGUGAUAAAAACUUUACAGGAGAAAUUUUGCUUUUAUUAAAACUGGGUAAAAAAUAUUCCAUCUUUUACGGUAGAACAGAUUUAAAGAAAGUUUUGAUGAAUUUGAUAGUCUGAAAUAACUUUAAAAGCCCAAUCACUUGGCAUCUAAUGCCACUGAAAAAACAGGGAAAAAAAACAAACUUUGAGGAUCAAACAGUUUGAAACCUAAAGAUUUUAGCCUCAAUGCCUUUGUGAUCCAUAUUGAGUUUUAGGGGGAAAAAAACACAAAAUAUUUGGUUUUUGCUUUUGUCUUUUCUUUAUUUUUAAAGGUUUAAAUUACUUUAAAUGUUCUGUUUUUUUCCCCAGAAAAAAAUCUAUCAGGUAUUUCUGGUUUUGAGUAAAAGCUGGUUAGGCUAAGUUUGCAUCACAAAGACGAGAUAGAUUAAAUCAAGUCUUGGAGUUAAACAGAAAAAGAUCAAUAUAAAGUCCAUGAACUCAACUCCACAUAUAAACUUUUACAGAUGAACACAUUAGUUUAAAGGUCUUUGAUGGUUUCUUGACAGCUGACAUGCUUCCCCCACCUAAAAAAAUCCAUGCCCUAUCCUUUCCUUAUUACUUGGAUUGGGUGUGUUCAGUCAACCAAAUUCUAGGUUGAACUCAGGGGGUUUUGCUGAUUUCUAGACAAGCCAGUUUUCAUGUAAUUCAGUAUGUUUAUUUUCCAUUGCAAGCAUCCACUUCAUAGACACUUUCCCAAACUUUUGUUCAAAAUCUACUAAUUCCCUCCAAAGUUUUGAUCUCAUCAUCGUCAGUCAUUUUUGAUUUACGGCAUCUCACUCAAAGAUGAACAAAUCUAAACCUUGCAAUCAGACAAAAUAUUUUUAGUAACGCUGCUUAUUAAAACAGACUAAGUUCUGUUGCUCACUUAAAUAAGAUUUCUCAACUAAUAAAAGCUUACCUGAAUUUCCCUGAGGACUUCCAAAGGGAUUAAUAAAGUAUUUUCUAUUCUAUUCUAUUCUAACUAAACAAAUAAGCAUACAGAUUAUUUUACAUUGCAGAUGCUUUAGAUUCCCAACUCCUGAUGACGUAAAAAAGCUUCUCUCAGCUGUUUUUCAAUUGAAACAUUGUCAGAGAGCCAUUUUUUCCCCCACACAAACUUGCACCCUGUUCACCUGUGACUAUUGUGAACUUUCCUUUUUCUUCCUUGGCCUCUUCUUCCCCCUCCUCACAUCAUCAGGUUGUAAUCCAUCCAACGAGCCUCCACACUCAAAGGUUUCUGAAAGCUUUCCGACUGCAGACUGACACACUGACACAGACAGACGGCGAGGAACACAAAAACCCAAAAGCACAACUGCGAGGCGAGAGCAAAAACAUUUUGGGUUCACACAACUAUCACUAUGCAGCUUUGGGUGUGCGUGUGUAGGCCUGCGUGUGGGUGUGUGUGUGUGCGUGCUUCUGUUUGAUCUGAACCCUUUAUUUCCCUGAGGGCGAUGUUGGAGGGGGAGCAUGAAGCACAGAGUCCAUCUAAUGCAAUAAGUCAAUAAUACAUCCCAUCAUUGCACACACAGCACAAACUGCCUUCCAGGGAUUGAAAAAUAGGAUGAGCACUUACUCCUUUUGUAAAUUCCUCCCUUUAAACAGUUUGAACAUUUUUGCUUCACUUGCAGUAUCCUUUGCACCUGUUUGAACAGCAGUGAGCCAAGCUGCAGAAGAGCAGAUGUUCCUCUUGAAAAAAAAAGAAAAAAAAAAUCACUUGUGGAUUGCUAAAUGCUGUCCAGGCAAAGGAAAAAGCUUCUGCAUCACUUACAGGUUCAGCACUACAAGAGUGCCCACACACUAAAAACACACUUCUUUUCAUGAAGGCUUUUUUUCUGUAGAUGACUGUGUGGGAUCAGAGGAGAGCAAGGUGUCAAGACCUCCUUCCUUUACUCACUUUUGAAUGGGCAGAAAAUUCCAGUGUGUUCAGUAUGAGUCUUAUUCUGGAAACAUCCAAUUGUUCUUUAGCGAAUUUACCCAACAGAGGAAACAACAGGAUUCAAAUGAACCGAAAACUAGACAAAUACAGCAACUUUGAACACAUUUUAAUCUCUCAUUUAUUAUUGGAACUUAAAUUCUGUCAAAAAAGUGUUCAAGCUGUAAAACUCCUGACCUUUCAGUCCAUAUCUGCUGAAUACACUGUGUGUAAUAAAGCAGGAAGGCGUGCUGAAAAUGAUCUUCCGACUACAUUUGACAAAGGUCAAAAGAUAGUGUUGUAGAACACUAAAAGACAUCAGGGUUUGAACAAUUCUGUUUCUUUUUUUAAAAAAAACUCUGUCAAAUCUGAAGGUUUGAUUCUGUGAUUUCAGGUGUAAAAAGGUAGGAAGCCCGAACAAAUCAUUUUAGUUAUAAAUAAAAGGGCCUGAAGUGCAGCAAUGUUUCACAAUUAAAAUUAACUUUACAUCUUUGAAUCGCAAUGAACAUUAUCAGACAAAAGGCCCCCCAUCUUCACAACCGUACGUCCGUGCCUGGUUAUCAGUGAGCUCCAACCAUUCCUUGCCACAACAUAUUCAAGCAAAGCAUUACUGUGCAAUUUCCUCUGUAUGACUGGCAGUUCUGGCUAUGUGAAACUGCAGUAACUUAUAUUAAGUAAUUUUGGAUCUUUUACUAUCAAUUAAAUCUUGAAGUGAUGUUUAAA